GCCUGAGCCACUGCGGGCUGCCCUGUAGUUCCGUUUUCUGAAUGAAAAAGCAAAAUAUAUGCUCCCUCCUGCGCUCAUCCCUUAUGUCCCGCUGGGCUCGUUUUAGGUCUUUGCUGGCAUUCAAGUUUGGGAAGUGUCUCUCCACCAGUUUCUAUUAUCAAUCUCUACUAUUUUAUAGUUCAAUUCAGUAUCUCAUCGGAAACGUUUAAACUUUAACCUUGACAGGCUUUCUUAAUCCAGGACAAAGGUUAUUUAAAAGGGAGGAAAGGAAUUUGUUCGGAGCCUAGCACACUUGGCCUCCUUCAAUCAAGUUUAGAGAAUAGUGACCCCUGGUGGCCAGUGAGGGAAUUCAGAGGAGGCCAGAGGCCGGCACUUUCUGUUAAAAAUGUUUUUUAUUCGCCACACGUCCAGGGUAAACUCGCGAGGGGAUCCUGCCUCUUCCAGACGGUUCCACACGGGACCUCCAGGAGCUCAAAGGACCCUGGGCCCUCCGGAGUCGCCUCUUCUUGCAGCCCGUUGCUAAGUGGCGCCGCAGGGAACAGCCCAGGUCCCAUCACGUGGCCCUGCAGGGUUUUGCCCCACGGGGCCACGCCCUGCCAGGCCGGGCCCCACUCCUCCCUCCUCCUCAGCGCGGAACCUCGGCCGCCAGCGCCAGGCCGCCUAGACGUUGGCGGAGGUCAAAGCCGCAACGGUCCCGGCACGAUGUGGAGGGCGGCCCGGGCAGCGCUCCGAGCCUCUGGGGUCCCCCUCCAGACCUGGAGGCCGAUAUUCACAUCGUCCCUUUUCUCCCAAAAGGCCGCGACCCUGACAGUCACGCCCAAGACUGGGCUGGCCGACAAGCGCCCGGAUGUGAAAGCAGAAGGCUUGGGCUCCGGGGAGCGGGUGACCCUGAGGGUGUCGGGCGUCCGCCACCGAGGCUGCCUCUUCCACUCCCUCGUCCACUACGAGGUGGACAGCGGCGAGGGGCUGGCCCUGGCCAGGGACCUGGCUCUGGGCGGCGACUUCACGGGGGUGGGGCCCAUGGGGCUUCUGUGGAGCCUCAUGCUGGCCGCUUCGAAGGAUCCCUGCCUCAGUCGAAUGCCGAGGGCAGCCUUGAAAAACCCCCUCAAAGUGGAGGUGACCGUCCACCUAACGCCGCUGCAGUAGGCGGCGCCGCUGGAUCCAGCGCUGGCCUCGGCCCAGGUGCAGCGCUGGUUCUCCACCCCCCAGCUGCGCCGCGCGCCUGCCGGGGGUCUUCCUGCUGCCAUCAGCAGUCUCAACCUCCUGAGCCCAAGCGAUCCUCCCA